CGAUCAACGAAUUCAAUCACCAUAACCGCAGAUCAAAGCUAUGGCUCCGAUUGCAGUCGGCGAUGUUAUUCCGGACGGCACUCUCGCCUACUUCGACGAGGAGGACAAGGUUCAAUCCGUCAGCGUCCACUCCCUCGCCGCCGGCAAAAAAGUCAUCCUCUUCGGCGUCCCCGGUGCCUUCACCCCCACUUGCAGUUUGAAGCAUGUGCCUGGAUUCAUUGAGAAAGCAGACGAGCUUAAAUCGAAGGGUGUUGAGAAAAUUCUGUGUCUUAGCGUGAAUGAUCCCUUUGUGAUGAAGGCUUGGUCAAAAACAUACCCCGAGAACAAAGACGUUCUUUUUCUUGCUGAUGGCUCAGCGAAAUACACCCGUGAUCUUGGCCUGGAGCUAGACCUUUCAGAGAAAGGGCUUGGAAUUCGUUCUAAGAGGUUUGCUCUCUUGAUCGAAGACCUCAAGGUGAAGGCCGCAAAUAUCGAGAGUGGGGGAGAAUUUACCAUCUCCAGCGCCGAAGACAUCCUCAAGGCUCUCUGAAUAUUUACAUUCCCUCACCCCCAGCUUGCUCCCUUCUGUAUCUGAGACUCGAGCCUUCCUAUCUGUAACGUCUCCGGCCAUUUUAGUCGGGUGACAUUUUAUAUCUAUGUGGAUCUUCAAACUUCUGUUUAGUAGUUUGUGUAAUGAAAAUAAAGGAGCUAUUUUGUGAUA